GCCGGAAGUGGAAACACGUUUCCUUGCGCACAAUAGGAAAACUUUCUCAGCGUUUGCAGUGGAGUUUGUUGUUCACGUUUUAUACAUAUGUAUUCGCUGUGCCCUUUAUUUAGUCGAUUAACAACGAUUGGUUGAGUUUCAUAAUGGAUAAAGAGAGACGACAUAAAAGAGUGAAAUCCCCUGUGCGGAACUCAAAACCGAAAAUCAAACAAGAGAAACUGAGCCCUGCUAGGCCCCAGAGAUCACGCCACUCGAGUUCGGGGUCCAACGGCAGCCCAAGCCCACCACCACAGAGGAGACGAACGAGCAGAUCGCCACCCAGGACCAAGGGUCAUUCGCCAGGUAGAAGGGCGUUGGGAAGACGAGACAGAUCGCCCAAAAACACCGUCAGGAGCCGAAGCCCUCCCCACAGUGCCGAUGUCAAAAUAAAGCGGGAGCCGGAUGACCACCGCGGUGCUGAUGACCGUAGAAGGCGUGACCGCAAUGACAAACCGGAGCCACCAGUGCGGCGAAGUAGGUGGGAGCAGGCUGACGGACCCAGAGAAUCUGACAGACCCAGGGAGAGAAAACGAGUUGAGAGAGAGCGGGGUGGAGGUGGGGACAGGCCCAGAGAGCGUGAAUCCCGCUCCUUCCAGGAGCAGCAGGCUGAGAGACAGCAGCAUGACAAUCAACGACGGGACAACCGGCACCGGUUUGAGGAGAACAACGGUGAGGGGCAAGCUUUCGGACAAGGUACCCAAGAGGGGGGUGAGGGCAAAGACAGCCCCCCAGUUGAUAAAGAGAAGCCCAACUUUGAACUGUCUGGCGCGCUCACGGAAGAUACCAACACGUUCAGGGGGGAAGUGAUCAAGUACAACGAGCCCCCCGAGGCUCGCAUCCCUAAGCGCAGGUGGCGACUGUACCCCUUCAAGAACGAUGAGCAGCUCCCGGUCAUGUACGUCCACAGGCAGAGUGCCUACCUGAUGGGGCGGCAGAGGAAGAUUGCUGAUAUCCCAAUCGACCACCCCUCCUGCUCCAAACAGCACGCAGUGUUCCAGUACAGGCUGGUGGAGUUCACGCGUUCUGAUGGAACUGGCGGGCGGCGGGUGAAGCCCUACAUCAUUGACCUAGGUUCGGGCAAUGGCACCUACCUGAACAACCAGCGCAUCGAGGCGCAGCGCUACUAUGAGCUCAAGGAGAAGGACGUGCUCAAGUUUGGCUUCAGUAGCCGCGAGUACGUCCUGCUGCAUGAGUUCUCCGACACGGCCGAGGUGGACGCCAGGGCGGAGGAAGACGACGAGGGCCUGGACGAGGGCCUGGAUGAGGAAAUGCAAGACCUCUGAGCCUUUUCGAAUAGUUGACAUGCGUUUUUCCGUCCUACUUUCCUUUGAAGUAAUCACAGAUCUUAAUUGGUUGAAUUGUUGAAAGUAAUAGGAUUUUGCUUAGUGAAACCUAUUCAGUCACUUAUAAAUAUGUGCUUACCUCAGGGAAACAAGGAAGGGGAAAUGCACAUUCUUUCAAGUAUUCUGACAGUGCCACAGAUUAUCCCAUCAAGUGUAUUGUGGGAAAAUAAUGUUCUCACCGAUGCCUGCCACCUGUUGGCCAUCAUCUCUUUAAAAACAUGAAUGGAACAAUGACCUGACAUGAUGGCGUGUUGGGUUAAGCAUCUUUCCGGGUUAACAGAACAGAACAAAUAAAAAAAAAGUGGUAGGAGAAGUCGGUGUGGUCUCUAUUUGGCGGUCAUAAAAACCUGCUUUAACCUGCAGUAACCAGGUCUCAGUACUCUCUAUUCUCAGGACAUUAGUAUAAGAUCAGUAGUGUGGUUGAUUUCCCCCCCCCCCCUCCCAUAUCUGACUGCAUGCGUUCAACACAAGUGCUCAAAUGCCAGAAAGAAGUUCUUUGACAAAAUAAAUAUUUUGAGAUUAUAUUUUUGGAAUACAACAUUGAAUACAAAGUAAGGCUAGCCUUCAGCAAUAGACUAUAUCCAGACCUUAACUGUAAAUACACUGGAUGUAUUGAAUGUGAAUGCUGGAUUCAUCAUAUGGUGUAGUGUAUUUGGGUUUGAGCGUUGCAAGUUGCAAAGAAAGCAUAGUCGUAUAUGUAUCUGUUUUAAAUGUGUGUUUCUUGUGAUGUAGGAAAAAUGUGUGUAUCGAAAUGUAUUCUCGUUUGUCCGGUCUUUACCACCGAAUUGACUAGGCUAUGGAGGUUUCUGGAGAAAGAUCAUACCACACUGUAAAGCAUGAAUAUUCCUACUAAGACAAUUUUGUUUUUUUAACUUUUUCAGACACCAUCUACAUUGUAGUUCCAUUUUAGAUGUUUUGUAUUGUACAUAAAGGUUGUGAAAGACUUA